GUGCAUUCUUGAUCAGCAUGUCUGCAUUCCACGUUGACAAUCGCCUUUCUUAUGUUCUUGGCCUAUUAUUGGUCUUUUUAUUCCGGAUGUAAUGCCUCUAAAAUGGAACUAAAAACAUUAAUAUAAUUUAAAAAAGAAAAAAAAAAAAGGUUGAACCAAACACAUACUGUGUAGUGAAAAAUAGUUCUAGCGUUUUCAAGAAACGUGGCCUGGCAUCAGGACUCUUGUGAAACAGCUCCACCCAGCGGACAUACGUAGAAAUGACCAGAAAGUUCCUGAAGACUCUGGACCUCCUCCACUUAGAAUAUAAAAGCUGAGACAGUCCCACUGCUGACACACAACGCUACACAAGCUACACAGAAGAGAACAGACACUUGAACAGAGUUUCAUCUCACAACUAGAGGACUCACCACUAAACACUGAGAAGAUGCUGUGCUCUCAUGGAUUCCAGUCUACCCUCAGUCCACUCAUGGACGUCUACUGUCCUGUACGCAGUCUGUGGCCAGAGGUCAGACCUCUGUUCUACCAGCAGGAUCUCCUGCAGAGAAACCUACAGGAGCUGCGCAGCAGUCUGCAGCUGAUGGACAAACUUCAGCACCAGAUCCUGGAGAAGACAGAGCCUUUCCAAAGCGGCGUGGCCGUGCAACCGGUCUCCUACCAGCUGGACAAAGAGGGAGAGCACUUUGGCCUGACCCUGGACACUCGAGGCUUUUCCCCCGAGGAGCUGUCUGUCAGGCAGGUGGGCAGGAAGCUGAGAGUCAGCGGGAAAACAGAGAAGAAGCAGGAGGACGGGAAAGGCUCCUACUCUUACAGACUGCAGGAGUUCAGACAGGAGUUUGAUCUGCCUGAAGGUCUGAACCCUCAAGCCGUCACCUGCUGCCUGUCCCCAGACGGAAAGCUCCACAUCCAGGCAGCCAAACAUCCACGUGUUGAGGAGGCUGAGAGAGAGCUGACCAUCCAGAGGAGCUCAGAGGAGGAAACACAGCAGAGUGUGUGUUCACAGGAACCACACAGCAGCACAGAGACACACAACAGCACACAGAACAAACCUGGACACAUGGACUGAUACACAUGUUGUUGUCACAAUGUACCAUCAGUAUUUAUACACACUGUUAAUAUAUGAUCAUAAUGUACUUUUGUAUUUUUGUAACUGAAGAUAAAAAUAAAUGUGUGAA